AUGGCCAAGCCGGCAAUGAAAUGGACAGCCAUCGCGCUUACCUGUCAAAAUAAAGAAACUGCAUAUUCAUGUCAGAAAGAACUAGAUUUUUUACAAAAGAAAGGCUUCAUUGAUGCUGAUGUACUCUUGUUAGCUGUAGAGGACCCAAAAGCUACCAUUGGUAGUGGUGGUGCAACGAUGAAUGCACUUCUUGUAAUAGCUGAACAUUUAAGUGCACGCCAGGGAUAUACAGGACGCAAUUAUCCAUAUGAUCCAUGUGGCCGAGCCUUUGUUGCUAUACCCGCAAUGCAUCAUGGGAGUCAAGACACUGGAUAUUCUUGUUUGAUGUAUAACAUUAAUAGUCUUCUGGAUACCAUGACAACCAAGAUUUCUCCAGGUUCCCCACCGGGUGUCUGGAUAUGCAGUACGGAUAUGUUUCUUACCAUUGAAUCACAAACUAACAUUGAUUGGGAAGAUUUCAAUGGUACCGGUAUAUGUGGCAUUGCUGUCCCAGGAAGCAAAGAAUACGCCAGAAAUCAUGGAGUCUAUAAAAUCAACAAACAGGCAUGUACUAUGUAUGUGGAGUUGUUAAGGAAGAGAGCAAUUGAUGGUGAUGUUAAAGAUAUAGUUUAUCGAGGAACAAAAACAGCAGUGGAAAUGUGUUCCAUGCCAGAUGACAGCAUUGCCUUGGUAACUGGAGUUGUGUUUAUUUCAGCAAGUGUAGCUGAAAAGCUUUUGGUCAUUCAUGUAUUGCCUCCAAUUGGUGGAUGUACAUAUAUGGGAUUAGACAGUGGAGAACAACCAAUACAGUUCUCGCUGUUCUUUGACUUUUUAUUGUGUAUGGCAAGUGAGGUUACAGAAGAUGACUUUGUAAAUGGCUCCAGAGCCUUGGCUUAUGGAUCUUCGCUAAGUUCCCUAUCCAAAGAUCAACUCAGGAGAAUGGCAUCUCUAAGACAAUUAGUAUGGAAGGAGUUCAGAGGAACAAAAUUAAAAGCAGUGUGUCUGUCAGAAGGAAAGCAUGACUACAUGAGUUUAUCUGCACUCACUCACCAUAAACAACAAAUUAUGUGUCCAAUACAGUUAGAUGAUGACAAAACAUGGAUUUGGAAAAAUGAUAUUUAUUCCCAUGUACAGAGUUCGUGUAGUCUGCCCGAAUCAAGCUUUGUUAUAAAUUCAAAACUUACUAAUGGUAUUAAAGUUGGAGAAAAAUGUGCAAUAACCCAUUCUGAACUUGAGGGUCCGUUCAUCAUUGGCAAAGAUUCUAUUCUCAAGGGUAUUGAUUUUGUUGCAUCUAAACAAAUGAAAGGACUGACAUUACAGGAUGGUAUCAUAAUGCAAGGGAUCAAUAUACAGCUAGGGGGACCACAAACAAAAGGCAAACCAUUUAAAGUUUAUACAGUCAUGGGGAAAUUUGAUGACUUAAAGUACACGAUGUUGAAAAAAGAAGAACUUGUAGCAGAGAUGCUGGGACAAGUGGACUCAAAAUACAGAGACGAAGACAUGGAAAAGUCAAUAAAAUGCUGUGUUGGAUUGGAAGGCACUGGACUUGUUUUGAGUGACACCGAGGAGCAAGAACAGGCGGAAAGGUUUUUAACAUGGGCAAGAGGGAUGAGUCUUUUGAAGGUGAUCACAGCAGAGGUACAGCCAGGAAUACUGACAAGUGGUAAAGCUGAGUUAAUAGAUAUAAAGGUGAACGCCAGGUACGGUCCUGAUGAUAAGAUUUAUGAACGCAAUCAAGCAUUCCGAAAAAAGGUUGCCAGGGGUAACAGUUUUCUUCACAUCACCAGUGGUCCACACACAUCAUUAUUUUGUAUCAUUUAUGCCCUGAAAAAAUUCACAGGAGGCCUUGGUGAUGAUGAUGACAGAGAUAGAGGGGAUAAUUUCACCUGGAAAAAAUAUUUCACAAAACCGAUGGAUGAGGCUGUGGAGAUUGUCGCAACAAAGAAAGCCAAUGGAGAAGCCGCCCAUUUCAGUGUACGAAGAAUAGGAGAUAGAACAGUUAUGUGCGGUGGUUCAAAAAAUGUUCACAUGCUUUUCAGAUCUAAAGGUGACAUUGAGAAAUACAGUGAUAGCAGAUACCAAGUAGCCAGAGAUGUAUGUUUAGCAAUAUGGAAUAUGUUACAAAAAAUGACAGAAGAUUGUAGAAAAAGGUUAUUCAGUUUUCUUUGUCAUAGUCAUUUCACUGCAGUAUUUGAACUUUUACGUCCAACAUGUCAACAUGUGGAAGAUCUGUCAUAUCUUAAAGAGUCUGAAUUAAAGUUUAUAACAUGGACAACAUCAGUGUUAGAACCUGACGAGGAUUGUGAUACUCAGCUUUGUACUGUCAAUCCACAUAUUGCUAUACAGAUUGCUCGAGCGCUAGGAUUACCCACGGUCGAUUAUGAAAUCAUAGAAAGUAGCAGAGUUGAUGAGCGAAUGCAGGCUGUGAGGAGAGGGUAUCAAUAUGAGGGAGAAGUAUUCUAUUUCAUAGACUCUAACAAAACUGUCAUUGGGUUACUAAAAAAGAAAACAAUUUGGUACAUCAUUGUAAGAGCAGUCAGAGAGAAAAUUCGCUCGGCUUGUAAUUCUUAUGAUAAAGGUGUUAAUUUCAAUAUUAGUCAACACACAAGAAAAAUCAAUUCUCGAUUAAAUGAGAUACAGCAAUGGUUAGGACUAGACGAUGAUUCAACAGAAAAUUGGAAGUGUUUAGGUACUGGUUUUCUUGAGUGGACAAUUGAGAGAAUGAAAAGUGGAAAAUUAAAAAAAGAUGAUGUUGCAAAUAUUUUUCCUGUGGUUUGGAAAAGAUUUUUAUCGGAAACUGGACAAUCAGAUCAAGUAUCAUAUAUAUGGAAAGAAACAGAAGAAUCCGAUGACUGA